AUGCCUGUCGCCAUUCCCAACCCCCAAGCCCUUCCGGUGCUAGACGCCGCUGGCCCUCAUGCUGGCCAAGAGGCAACCAUGCUCGGAUCGCUCCCCGCAGUGGUGAACACUGCUGCGUUGGAGACGUCGUCCAAGAUCCUGCACAUCAUCGACCGGUACCGCCUGAAGAAGUCUGCGGAUGUCCCUGUCAAGGCCGCCGAUGGAGCCCUCGGGUUCCUCGCCACCAUCUACAGCUACGUUCGAGCCGGCCAAGUGGUUGCCAUGUGUCUGCCCGCCUUCCCCUUCAAGUCGCCCAACAACUCGACAAAGACGCUAGGGCGGCUUCCAGACCGGGCCGAGGAGAUGGCGCUGGCACACCUCAACGGCCUUUGCCAGGCCAUCGGGGACAUAUACCCCCCUGGCGCCCAGAUCACCAUCGUCUCCGACGGGCUCGUAUAUAACGACCUGCUUGGAGUGCCUGACAGAGACGUCUGGGCUUACGGAGAGUCCGUUCGAGCCAUUGCUGCGGACCGCGGCUUUGAUAACAUCGUCUUUUCUCGUCUUCGAGACCUUGUCUCGCUUUCCUUGCCCGAAACCCUCGAUGAAAUGGUUUACGUAGCCAACGCAUCCAACUUUCGCCGGGCACUCUUCAACAACUUUGGCUCCGCGGACUGGGAGUGGAAGGAGGUCAGCCAGAACGAGGACGUCUGCUUGACGUAUCGAGGAUACAUUAAGUUCCUCGAGACGGACCUUAAGGACGUCUUUCCCCUCACCGAUGGCCGCUCAAAGACAAAGUACAAGCGGGGAAUCGAGUACAUUGCCAAGCAGAUGUUGGCUCGCGGUGAUGCAUUCGCCAGAGCCGUACGAGAGAGAUACAAGAAUUACGUCCGCCUGUCGAUCCACCCGUCUACGGGCGCGAGCAAGCUCUCCAUUAGCCUCCUGCCCACGACGACCAUGUACACGACCCCGUGGCAUUGCGCGGUCGCCAUCAAGAUUGACGGCACCGUCGUGACGGGCAUGCGGUCCGAGUUUGACGAGGACGAUAAUAUGGAACUUGUCUACGAGCACGGCAGGCCGAGCUACUUUCGCGAAAAGUCGGACCUCUUCUCGUGGGCCGACGACAAGGGCGGCAUUACGUGCGAGCCCAUAUACCCCAGCGGCUGGCUGCUGAGGCCGGCCAAGGGCCACGGCACGCUGACGAUUCACGAUGUCGACGCCAAGAAGGUGCGGGCCUUGUCGGAGAUGAACUCGCCCGUCGUGAUGCGCGGCUUCUUCAACAAGCCCAAGGAGGAGCUUUUCGUGGAAAAGUCGAGGGAGUUUGGCGAGCCGUUGUCUUGGAAGUUUGGCCUCGUGCUCAAAGUCAAGGAUCUCGGAGCGAACACAAAAGGGCUGAACAAUGUGCUGUCUGCCGAAUGGAUGCCGUUUCACUACGACGGGCUCUUUAAGACGACAAAGCAAAUCAACGACAAGGGGGAAGAAGUCAGCGUCUCCUGUCCACCUCGAUUUCAGUUCUUUGUCGGGCCCAUGGCGUCUCCGCGAGACACGGGCUUCACCAUCUUCUCGUCGUCGACACAGGUCUUCAAAUACCUGUCGCCGUUGCAUACGGCCGACUCGCUCGCCGACAAGACGUGGACUGUGUCGACGACGUCGUUUGACCAGACGGAGCUCAAGGGCCUGCCGCUGGUGGUGCCGCACCCAACGACGGGCAAGCCCUGCCUCCGCUACCACGAGCCGUGGCCGCAGAGCAGGACGCAGUUUGAUGCCACGAGCGUUACCAUUGACGGGCAUGAGGAGGGUGAAAGCACGGCCAUCUGCGAGGCCAUCGACGCCGCCCUCCACGACCGACGCGUGGCCUACUACCAUGUGUGGCAGAAGGGCGACAUGGUUGUCAGCGACAACACACUGAUGAUGCAUACCAGGAGUGACUUUACGGCCGGCAGCGACCGUGAGCUCUGGCGCAUUCAUUUCGAUUGA